ACAGAUGGUUAUUUUAAACAUGAUAGCUGCAGCCACACAGUCGGUAAUUCAAGCGUCGAUGCAUCAUGGACGGUGGAUCUGGGAAAACCAGUAAACGUGACUGGAAUUGUUAUCUACAACAGAGAUGACGUGAAAAUUCGAUUAAUGAAUUUCCAGAUAUAUGGAGAUGAUUCUUUGAUUCACAACAGUUCAGGCACUGACGAAUACAACGAAGACAUGCUUACUUUUAAACUUGAUGGGUUGCGUACCUUUUCUACUAUAACAAUACUACUUCCAGAAGAACACGGUUAUUCAGAUGGAGGGAAUUAUUACUUAACUUUAUGCGAAGUUAAGAUAUAUGCAGUUCCACGUCCUGCGUGCGAUGAAAGACAAACAAACGUUACAAACGGUCAAACGCAGAUAUACAACAACUCUGGUAAGGUAAUUGAUCAUGAGUAUACUGUCGGUACAAUCAUUGAAGUAGUCUGUGAGGAAGAUCUUCACCUCGACGGACCACCACGUUUUCAGUGUCUGGCAACAGGCAAAUAUAAUUAUCCAGUUCCGAAAUGUGUUGAGGCGUGUGUACCAAUCCCAAAACCUAGCAACGGCCACGUGCUUCCGGACCUGUUGUUAUAUGAAGUAAAUGACUCAUUGAAAAUCGUCUGUGACGUUGGCUAUGAAACUCUCAAGAUGGACACUAUUCAUUGCCAAAAUGACGGCAAAUGGGAAAGUCCGAUUCCCACUUGCCAACGUGUUUACUGUUUACUUCCAAGGAAACCUGAACAUGGAUAUUACAGUUUAGAUGGACACACAGAAAUAACAAACGUUUCAAUAUCAAGAUUGCCAUACUUGACAGAAGUUAUAGGAUUAUGUGAUACGGGUUUUACGAGCAAUCAUUUCCAGAAAAGAAUAUGCAAUGGUGACAAGACCUGGAGUAACCAAAAAACAGCAUGUACACCUGUCCAAUGCUCUCAUCCUCGAAAUAUCAGUAAUGUUGUCUAUACUUUCAAAAACGGCAGUGAGAUAGUCCCUGGAACGACAUUUGAUUACAACACAGUGCUGAAGGUAUCUUGUAAAAUAGGAUAUACUCUUAUUGGUCAGACAAAUCGAACAUGUGAAAGUGAUAAAACAUGGAGUGGUAAAGAUCCAAAUUGCAGUGUUGUAACUUGUGACUUUCCAGGAAAGUUUGACAAUGGCCACUAUAUAACAAGAGAUUAUAAUACCACGGAGAAAAAUACACUUACGCCCUAUGUUAGCGGUAAACUAGACUUUUCUUCAGUGAUUGAAGCAGUUUGUGAGACAACGUUUUUGUUAAAAUCAUCAAAUAGUACGCGACAAUGUACAUCAACAGGACUGUGGGAUGGUGAGAAGCCUGUUUGUAAUCCUAUAAUGUGCAAAUGGCCUUUACGUCUUGAAAAUGGAUAUUAUCAAGCAUCAGGCAGCCCAACAGCACGUGGCUUGCCGUAUAAUACGACGCUCAUAGCUAUAUGUAAUGAGACGUACAAACUAUCUGACAACUACAAAGAUAGGCGAUGUAAUGAAAACGCGGUCUGGGACAAUUCUCCUGCAGUCUGUGAACCAAUGUGCGUAUUACCAGCCGUGGAAAAUGGCCAGUUCAUAAAUGUGCUUUCUACAAAGUUUGCAUUAGGAACAACACUUCGUUUUACUUGCAAACCUGGAUUUAUAACAGGAUCGACUAACGAUACUAUCACAUGUCUACAAAAUCAUCAAUGGAGCGCUACGCCGGUUUGUCAAGAGGCUUGUGGACCAGUCCCAACACCUGUCAAUGGACACGUGGUACCGGAUCUUUCGUUAUAUGCGGUUAAUGACUCAAUAACAGUCAUCUGUGACGUUGGCUAUGAAAUAAUAAAGACGGACACCACUCAUUGUCAAUCUGGAGGCAAAUGGGAAAAUCCGAUUCCAACGUGUCAUCGUAUUCAGUGCUUGCUGCCAAGGAAACCUGAUCAUGGAUAUUACAGUGUGAAUGGAACAGCAGUUGAUGGCCCUUUAGUGUCGAAAUUCCCAUAUAUGACCGAAAUAAUAGGACUGUGUAAUACUGGGUAUGUGAAUACGAAUCCCCAGAGAAGAAUUUGCAGAAAUGACAGCAGCUGGAUUGACCUAGAAACAAAAUGUACACCGCUUCAAUGCUCCCAUCCUCAAAAUAUUACCAAUGGUGUUUAUACUUUUCAAAACGGCAGCCAAAUAUUUCCAAAAACAGUAUUUAAUUACAACACAGUGCUAACAUUAUCUUGUAAAACAGGAUAUACUGUUCUUGGUCAAGCAGAACGGACAUGUAAAAGUGAUAAGACAUGGAGUGGUACAGAGCCACACUGCGCUGUUGUGACUUGUGACUUUCCAGGAAAGUUUGACAAUGGCCACUAUGUAAUGAGGGACCACAAUGUUACGAAUAUGAAUAAACUAAAACCCUAUCUUACAGGUAACCUUAAUUUUUCUGCGAAAAUAAAGGCUGUUUGUAUGACACAUUAUCUAUUAAAAUCAACAAAUAGUAUUCGACAAUGUACCUCAGGUGGCAUUUGGGAUGGUGAUAACCCUGUUUGUGUCCACUUGAUGUGCGAAUGGCCUUUGAAACUUGAUAACGGGUACUACAAGGCAUCAAACGGAGCCACUACGUCUGGAAUGCCAUAUAAUACAACACUGACGGUUUCAUGCAAUGAGAUGUAUAGGCUCUCUGGCAAUUAUCGAAAACGACGAUGUGAUGAGGAUGCAGUCUGGAAUAACGUACCUGCAGUCUGUGAACCAAUUUGCUUUUUACCAACCGUGGCAAAUGGAAAGUUUUCGAAUGUGUCAUCCAUACAUUUACCGUCCGGAGCAUCAGUGCGUCUGGCAUGUGACUCGGGAUACAGAGCAACAUCACAUACAAUUAUUUGCCAAGGGAAUCAUCAAUGGAACGUAACUCCCAUAUGUCAAGCACAGUCUGGAACUAGUAAGAAUACAGUGAUAUAUGGUGUUGUAUCUGUCGUGGUGGUAGCGAUUGUGGCACUAACCACAGGAAUCUGUUACUGCAGGUUUAUAAAACUACGACAUCGGAAGUCACCAGACGAUCAAAAAUUUCAUUUAACAAAUCACGAAGUAACAGAUAGCAGUGAUGACGCUGACGGUAUAAUACGAGUCGAUGUACGAUACAAACUAUGUUAACUGCAGUGAAGUGUAAUAGAGAGAAUGGAUUUUAUAACCUAGAAAAUAAGUUAACUUGUCAACUGUGGCAGACAAAGGAUAUUACCUUUUUCAGACAUUAUAGAAACUUCACAAAUAUGUAGUUACUCAUAAAAUCAACACGUUUCAUAUAACACAAACAAUUGAUUAGUUAUACAACUUAACAGUUAACGGUUACUGUGUCAUCAUCAGUUAGAUUCCACAAUAGGUAAAUAAUAACUUACUGGUUAGCUCUUUCGUUCUGUAUAUGAUAUAAUAAUUAUGCAGCUCA